AUGUCGUCCUCCAAGCAAAGGGUUCAGCAGGUCAAAAACCCCGUUUUGCCAGCAAAGACUACGCCGGAGCAGAAGUACUGGAAGGGAUAUGUCAAUCCGCAAUUAAUCAAAGAAAACUUUCCCAUUUCGCAUAUACAUUUCAACCCAGUUUCUCCGCAUGACUUUGCUGUAACAUCUUCCACGAGGAUCCAGGUUUUCUCGUCUAAAACCAGGCAAGUCAUCAAAACAUUCUCAAGAUUCAAAGACACCGUCUACUCAGGUGAGUACAGAUAUGACGGGAAGCUUCUUGUAGCGGCAGAUGCCCUGGGUCUAGUGUCCGUAUUCGAUGCGUACCAGCCAAGAAGUUUGUUGAUCAGUUUGAAUCCAUCGUCACAUCCCUCGCAUGUUGCAAAGUUUCAUCCUACUGUUGGCAACCAGUUGGUCACAGGCUCGGACGACCGCUCGCUUAGACUCUACGAUAUUGCGCAGACCACGUCGGGGCCCAUUGCCCAAUUUGGCGAGUCUUUCCACGGGGACUAUAUUAGAAGCGUGAAUUUCAUCCCAGGGAACCCCAACUUGCUCACCACUGGAUGUUAUGAUGGAGUCGUGAGAAUCUUCGAUACCAGACUGCUGCUGUUGGUGGCCAAGUUCAACCACGACAAUCCUGUUGAGGAUGUUCUUGCCCUUUCGCCAACGACACUAGUCUCUGCGGGGGGUCCUCAAGUCAAGGUAUGGGAUCUUUCGCGAGGAUCCAAGAUCCACGAGUUCAACAACUUCACGAAGACUGCCACGACCUUGCAUAAUACGGGCGACCGAGGAUUGCUUGUCGGUUCUUUGGACGGGCACGUGAAGAUCUUUGAUUACACCACGCCAAACUGGGACGUCAAAUUCGGCUGGAAGUUCGGUUCGGGCGGCGUUUUGUGCUCUGCGGUGUCUCCGAACUUCAAGCAUUUUGCCACCGGAUUGACCUCUGGAUUGCUCUCGAUCAGAACGAGAAAAAUGGAGCCGAAGAGCAUUAACGAAAAGCAGGCAAAGAGCAGCGCGUAUGCGAGAAUUGUCAAGGGAGCAGACUACUUGGGAACCGAGGAACAUCGUGUCAUUCAGUCCAGCAGUGCACGGUCGAAGAAACUCAAACAAUUCGAGAGACACUUGAACGCUUUCAAGUGGUCCGAGGCCCUAGAUAGCGCGGUGUCGACUGGCUUACCAUCCGAGCAGACGGUGACGCUUUUGAACGAGCUCAAGAAGAGAGGAAAGGUCCGGAUUUCGUUGCACGGCAGGGACGAGAUUUCACUCAUGCCGAUUCUUCUGUGGCUCACGAAAAACUUGGACGACGUGCGGUCCUUCAACAUAAUCUGUGACUUCAUUGCAGUGAUUCUCGAAAUGUACGGCAGUCUCGUUGACAAGAGCGUGGCGCUCGAAGAGGCGUUUGGCAGCUUGGCCAAGAGAGUCAACAUGGAGGUGAAGAAGUGCAAGGAGGCCAACGAAAUCAGUGGUAUGUUGGAGUUGUUGGCGGUCUAG